AUGUCUCAACGCCUCCACCGUCGCCACCUGACCUCAGAUGGUACGCCACAGGAUCUUCGAAGGAGCACGGAAGUGAAUGGGACCAUGAUACGGCUUGGUAUUCAUAUGCUUACGGAGAUAAUGAAGAGGCCACCACUACCUCCUUCGAAGAUCCUGAUCCAUGUCACCUGCCAAGCUUCCGCCUAUGUCGUCGGAGUAUCCGGAUGGGCCACCGGACUGAAAUUUGGCAGCGACUCCGUCGGAAUCGAAUACAACACUCACCACAACAUCGGAAUCACACUUUUUGCCCUAGGAACCAUUAAGCGUGAUGGCCCUGUCACUUUCCUACAGUUGCUGCAUAUUCCUGCAAACCCUGAUGGCAAUGAGAAGUUCCUAUCAUUACAUUUGUUGCUAAUAGUGGUUGCAAGUGAUGAAGCCACCAGGCCCACCAUGGGUCAAAACCGAUGCUAUUUGAGUCCAACUGGCAGGGAUGGUUCAGUUGUGUCUCAUCAGUUUCACUGGUUCCCUGGUAAGACAAGGGCUGGAAUCUUUCAAGUAAAUUAUGCCCUUGUAAAGGUUCUUGACAAAUUGGAAAAUAGCUCUCACACUGUUAAGGGUGUCAAGUUAAUUGGUCAUGAUAACAAAGCACUAUCAGUUAUCUUGUUGCCUCUCAAAAACAUGGUGUACAGGCAUUGGGUUGCUAUAGUGGCAGAGAGAAGACAACAGGCAGUGUCAAAAAAGGGUUAUGCACUUAAAUGUGAUUGGUGGUCUCUUGGGGCGAUUAUGUUUGAAAUGCUUGUAGAGUAUCCACCUUUCUACUCUAAUGAUCCAAUGUCAACUUGCAAGAAGGUAGAUCAUUUGAAAUCAAUUUUAAGGUCUGCACCUGCACCUGUUGUGCAGUUUCUAUGGGUGAACCUGAUCAUGGACACUUGCGGUGCAUUCGCUCUAGCCAUUGAACCGCCAAAUGAUGGACUCAUGAAUAGACUUGAUUGUGAUUUCUAUUUGGAUAAUACUGCAUAG